AUGGCUACCCCCAGUGUCCUUAUCUUUGAUGCCGAGGGUCGUGCUGUUGACUUCGAGGUCUGGGUCGAUGACCUGCAGCUUUUCCUACAGUGCGAUAGGGCAGAUGGACUCUCCCUGUUCGAUCUCACCUCUGGUGCCUCUCCUGCCCCGCCUGCUGAUGCUGACAGCACUGUUUGCUCACAGUGGGCCACGCGCGAUGCUGGUGCCCGUCUUGCUAUGCGUCGCAACUUACCGACCGCUGAGCUCACCCGGCUCCCUGACUCCCUUCGCUCGGUCAGGGACCACUUCCUCUCUGUUUGCCCCACCACACUCACCAUUGACCUCCUCGAGGAGCGCCUCCUAGCAGCUGAGAAGAGUAUAGUUGUUGUAGGAGCCUCUAGAGGUGACCCGCGUGCCCCUCUCUUUGAGGGGUGCUCCCCCUCCCGCCUUUUGCCCUCUGUUGCCUCUGCUGCUGCCGUCGACUUCGUUGGCACCGAGUCGGUCGGCGCUGCGUCUGCCCCUAGCGGGCGACGCCGGACCGGCAAGGGCAAGGGGGGCAAGGGCGCUGAAGGGGCUGGCGGGGGCGGUGGAGGUGGAGUGGAGGAGGCGGAGGGAGUGGGGGUGGUGGUGGGAGUGUUGGUGUAA